AUGAUAGCUGGACAAGUCAGUAAGCCCUUGCUGUCACUGCGUAGUGAAAUGAAUGCAGAGUUGAGAGGUGAGGACAGCGCAGCUACUUCAGACAACGAACUCAAUGAGCCCCUGCUUGCACCCGUGGAAUCAAAUGACAGCGAGGACAUUCCCAGCAAGCUCUUCGGGGCCAGAGGAAACCCAGCACAAACGGAUCCAGGCACGGCAGACCAGCCGUCUCAUUCAGGAUUCCCUGUCGGACCUCAGUCACUGCUGACAGCACAACAGUUGGCCUCUGCAGUUGCUGGGGUGAUGCCAGGAGGCACGCCAACGCUCAACCAACCUAUUCUUAUUCCUUUCAACAUGGCCGGACAGCUGGGGGGUCAACAAGGACUGGUCCUCACCCUGCCCACCGCCAAUCUCACCAACAUCCAAGGGCUGGUAGCGGCAGCUGCGGCAGGAGGCAUUAUGACGUUGCCAUUGCAAAAUCUACAAGCUACCUCAUCCCUGAAUUCCCAGCUUCAUCAGCUUCAGCAUCUCCAACAGCUCCAGCAGCAGCCGGGCCCCCAGCAGCCACCCAGCAGCCAGCACGCCCAGCCGGCCCAGCCGCCGCCCCAAGGUCAGCAGCCGCAGCCGGCCCAGCCCCUGCCGCCGCCCCCGGCCCAGCCUCAGUCACAGCAGCCGCCGACUCCGACCCAGUCCCAGAGCCAAAGUCAGCCCCCUCCAGCCCAGCAGCCGGCGAGUUCCCCUCAGAAACCCAACCAGUCACCGGGACACAGACUUCCGUCGCCUCUGACUCCACCCAACCCGCUUCAGCUGGUUAAUAAUCCACUAGCAAGUCAGGCAGCAGCGGCUGCAGCAGCCUUGGGCUCAAUAGCCAGCUCGCAGGCCUUUGGCAAUGCACUCUCCAGUCUUCAGGGGGUCACGGGUCAACUAGUUACUAAUGCACAAGGACAGAUUAUUGGAACAAUUCCGCUGAUGCCUAAUCCAGUGCCAUCCAACCAAGCCGGAGGAGCUCAGGGCCUUCAAGUUCAGCCAAUCACGCCACAGUUACUGACCAACGCCCAGGGCCAGAUCAUCGCUACCGUCAUCGGGAAUCAAAUUUUGCCAGUGAUCAACACCCAGGGAAUAACACUCUCCCCACUCAAACCAGGCCAACAGCUUCACCAGCCUUCCCAGACGCCAGUGGGUCAAGGGGCCCAAGCCAACCUUCUGCAUUUGGCUCACAGUCAAGCAUCUAUGUCUCAAAGCCCCGUUCGUCAAGCUUCCUCUUCUUCCUCCUCAUCCUCCUCCUCUUCAGCUUUGAGUGUUGGCCAGUUAGUCAGCAAUCCUCAGACAGCCGCCAGCGAGGUGGACGGGGUGAAUCUUGAGGAAAUCCGGGAAUUUGCCAAAGCUUUUAAAAUCCGCCGCCUGUCUCUCGGUUUGACCCAAACUCAAGUAGGCCAGGCCUUGAGUGCUACGGAGGGUCCAGCCUAUAGCCAGUCUGCCAUCUGCAGACACACCAUCCUGAGAAGCCACUUUUUCCUACCACAGGAAGCCCAAGAGAACACUAUAGCUAGCAGUCUGACAGCCAAACUGAACCCCGGCCUUUUGUAUCCUGCCAGGUUUGAAAAGCUGGACAUCACCCCUAAAAGUGCCCAGAAGAUUAAGCCGGUGCUUGAGCGGUGGAUGGCUGAGGCUGAGGCCCGCCAUCGAGCAGGUAUGCAGAACCUGACAGAAUUUAUCGGCAGUGAACCGUCCAAAAAGCGCAAGAGGCGCACCUCUUUCACUCCGCAGGCCCUUGAGAUCUUGAAUGCCCAUUUUGAGAAGAACACCCACCCCUCUGGCCAGGAAAUGACAGAAAUUGCAGAGAAGCUGAACUAUGACCGGGAAGUAGUUAGAGUUUGGUUCUGCAACAAGAGGCAAGCACUGAAGAACACCAUUAAACGUUUAAAACAGCAUGAGCCUGCGGCAGCUGUCCCCAUGGAGCCCCUCACAGACUCUCUGGAAGACAACUCUUAAAGACACGCACCCAACACCCUCUCACCCACACAUACACACACUCUGCCCCUGACAGAGAUAAGGAGUGAACAAAACUUUAUCCUUGGGACUCUCGAACAAAGCCCCACUCAACACCCUUGUAAGUAAAAGACUGAGGAAACUACGAGAUGGACAGAACGGUUUAGAAAUGUCCAUUGGUUUUCCACAAAAAAAGUUGAAAAGUACAAAAAAAAAAAAAAGAAAAAGAGUAAGAACACACCACACUUAGCGUGUGUGUGCGCGUCUGUGGUAGAAUUAGUCCCCCUCUGAAAAAGCCAGUUUUUUUAACGGACUUAAAGCAAACCAAAUAACUGCUUACUUUUUCUGUAUAUUAAGAAAGUGUGAACACAUUUUAAGGAAAAAGAAAACAAAAAAAACUUUUAUCUGUUUAAUGAGAAUACAAGCCUGCCACCUGGAGGAUUGAUUGUACACUUUCAGGUACCAAGUGCUGAUUCACUCUGAAACCUAUUAACCAAAGUCAGAAACAUGGCAUUGCAAACUAGAUUGUUAGUCUGCUCUUUUACGAGGGUAAAACUGUGUUGUGAAUUUUUACAUUUGUAUCGAACGGCAAACCCUGGAAGCUUGAUUUCUCUCAUCUCUCCAUCUGGUGUCAGGGCCCCGUAAGGUGGGCUGGUUUGUGAAAAUCGUUCUUUGGCACCCCCACUUCUUGUCAUCCUUGGUUUAGGAAAUUCGAAAUGUCCCGUGCGCCCAAAUGAGUGUCGCUUUCCUUUUACUACAGAGUGGUGGGGUGGAAAAAGAAAGAAAAGAGUCGAAGGAAAUCGAGCCACAUUUCCCUUUCGAUUUCUGUGACCAAAUCUCCGGACUUCCGCCUCCCACUUCCUCCUGGCUUGACACAGAGGUUCUAGAAGCGGGAAGGAGUGAAGUGGGUAGAAUGCACUAUGGGUAGCUGGGAAUAUGCUCAACGAACCAUCUGCAUCAGCCCACUCUUUAAUUUGUGCUCAUCGUCAACACCGUGAUUUGUGAUUGAUUUCAGUCCGUUGGCUAUGAAUACGGAGAGCUGACCAAAACUAAUUUUGUAAUAGAAUUAUAAACUGCACAUUUGGUUCAAUGAUGCAUUGAUGUUACGUUCCGUCGUAGCAAUUUCUCCCCCAAAGCCUGCUAGCCAAAGAAAUCCCUUGAAAUUCAAAUGGAAAUACACACACACACACACACACAAACAGAUCAAGAGAAAGAGGGUCAUUACACACCACUACGAACUCUGAGGAUAAGCUCUCACUGUUUUCUGCUGCUGCUUUUUCAUCCAGGGAUCUGAAAUGUUUCUCCUUGGACCGUUUGUGGGGAAGGGCGGUGGCAGGAAUAUGCCAUCAUAGCCGGUGCAUUUUAACAAAUCAGACCUCGGGGAAGGGUCUGAGCAGGGGAUGGGAAAACAUCCGAGUGGAGAAAGAAUACCCGUGAGAUGUUUCAGCGAAAAAUAUCCCCACUGAACUAGUUUUAGUUUAUCAGAAAUUACCAAUGCUCUUCACAGCCAUCACUCUUUGAACAGGCAAGUUCACUUCAGAGAAAAGCCGGACCUCUUUUACGACCGAAUGGGCUGUAGGUGAAUACGAUCCCCUUUUUGCCUGGCAGAGAAGUUAGGUUGGGGAUGGUGAUGCAGGUUCUCAAUUUGUUUCUCUUUUAGAUUUUCUACCAUUUCAAAAGAGGCUUUAAGUGGGUAGGGGCAAGGGACUGAAGUCAGCUUUCCUGUGGUGGAAAUGUAAACGUAUUCACUGAAUAAACUAACGACCACACUCUCUAGAGUAAUGACAGGUAGACUUUGAAAAGGGAAAAAAACCCAAACAAACAAAAAACAAAGAUGCCCCAUCUCAGACUGUCCCAGUUGUCAGACAAUGGCCUAUAUUAGAACAGCCACCUUUCCUUUUCUUUCAAUUCUCUUUCCACAUACCUGUAUGGCUAGCUAGCUACAACGUGAAUUCUACAGUAUCAACUUGUCGCUGCAGAGGAAUCCAAGAAGCACCAGGAGAUGAAGACCGGCAAGAGCAGCAGGGAAAAUCUGCAUCGUCGAUGGUGUUUGGAAGUGGGCCACCUCCAAAGUCUUCCCACCUAUCCCCCUGAAUGGGCUUUGACUCGUCCAUUCAUUCACCCAACUGUCUUCGUACCCGAUGGCACCAUCCUGAAACCUGCAAGAGUUUCAUCAUCCUGGAGCCAAAUGGCCAACCCUCCUUUACUCAAGACCUAGAUGUCAGAUCCUCCUAGGAAUACUCUAAAUUCAAAAAAUGAAACCUUGCCUCCCAAAGGAAAACUUACCGAGGCAGCGGACGACAAACGCGACGUGUUCCAACGUACUCCGACAGCUGUCUACGUGGGAGGAAAAUUUGUGCUGAUCUGAAAAGAUUGGGGAGGUAGAACCAGGACAGUGAAAAUGUAAAAUAAAUAUAAUCUCCCAGUGUAGAACAAUAUAUAUAUAUAUAUACGUAUAUGUACAUAUACGUAUAUAUAUAAUAUAUUCAUCCCAUGGUCGUGAAUCCAUUCUUGUGCAGUGAUUUUUUUUACUGUUUUCUAAUUUUGUAUUAUGUUUUGUAAAUUAUUUAUAAGGUGUUGUAAUGCUUCUUAUAUUAAUUUUUUACAAACAAAUUUUUGCUAUAAGGCAUAAAAAGGUGCCUAAACAGAUUCUUAGAAAUAUGAAUUUUGUGUGACGCAUAAGUCUCUUGGAUCACGUCUAUUGUUUGAUUUAACUUUUGAAUCCCAUUUUCACCGGUAAGCAGUUUCAUCUCACAAAAUCAUUUGACUUCCUAUUAAGUUCCCGGGUAACAAAAACUUAAGAUUUCCACUGAGACUUGAAAAAUGAAAGUCACUCUCAAACUUUAUGUGGUUGUAUUUUAUGUGUUGACAUCAGUUUAAAAUUCAUUUUAUUGGGUUUUAUUUCUUAUUCUUUGACUAAGAGACCAUCCAUUGAUGUUUAGUGGUUUUGGUUGUUUUUCAACCACAAACUGUUUGGGGACAGUUGAAAAGUGUAAAUGCAUCUAGAGGGUUUGGUUUCUUUAUGUUGUAACUGCAAAAAGAGAACAAGAAAGUAAAAGGAGCUAGAGAAAUACCAAGUAGAGGCGUAUCAAAGAACUCAAGCUAUAACCAAAAAGAAAUUGUAAAAUGCCUUUGCUCGUCUUCUCAAUGCUGGACCAAAGCUCAAUGUAUGUAGGUAUAUGCACAUUGUAUAGAUAUGGCUAAUUGUUGCUGACAAUCUUGCAAUACUAAACUGUUACUAUUGAAAAAAAAAAGAAAUACGAACUGUUCAUCAGUGUUUUACCUCAGCACUCUACUUGUACCCAGUUAAUGACCAACAUGAAAAUCAAAUUUAAAAAGAAAGAAGAAAAAGGAAAUUGAUUUCCAUGUCAAUGUUUGACUGUAAAAUCUGUUUGGAUAACAUUUUGUAAUGAGCUUUUUGUCAUGUGAUUUGCUUGUCUCCAACUUGAGAUUCCGUGAGGCACAUUUGUUAAUUUCUUGUUAAGGAAGUGAUUUUUUUUUUUGUCCUAUAUGCUAUAAUCUACAGAAUGGUCACCAGGGUCACGAAUGAAGCACUGCAAAGAGAUCUGUUCAAUUCCAUGCAUGGGACAUGCAGCAGGAAAAAUGACAGUACAAAAUGGACCGUGUAAUGUUAAAUAAAUAAAAAAAGAAAGAGGAGUAAACGUGAUGGACUAGUGACCAAGAAGCCAAACUGGAUAUUUAAAAGCUCCUUACUGCUCUGACAUUGAAACCAAAGCUGAUAUAUCUGCACAGGUUAACA